AUGGCCAGCUUCCAGAGACUCGUCAUCUCCCUGCUGGUGAUCCUCACCUUCACCUUUGUCUUCUUUGCUCAGUCUUCCGAGGCUGUCAAGGGCCCCAAGAUCACCCACAAGGUACAAGCUUCCAUCUUCUCAGUGCGCCUUGAUGUCCAUUGCUUACAUGUUCUCAGGNUCUACUUCGAUGUGACCUCCGGUGAUGAGGAGCUUGGACGUAUCGUCCUCGGCCUUUACGGCAAGACCGUCCCCAAGACUGCCGAGAACUUCAGAGCUCUUGCUACUGGCGAGAAGGGCUUUGGCUACGAGGGCUCUACCUUCCACCGUGUCAUCAAGGACUUCAUGAUCCAGGGUGGUGACUUCACCAAGGGUGACGGCACUGGCGGCAAGUCCAUUUACGGCAACAAGUUCCCCGAUGAGAACUUCAAGCUGAAGCACAGCAAGAAGGGUCUCCUCAGUAAGCNNAUGGCCAACGCCGGCAAGGACACCAACGGCUCGCAGUUCUUCAUCACUACCGCCAUCACCUCCUGGCUCGACGGCCGUCACGUCGUCUUCGGUGAAGUCCUCGAGGGCUGGGAGAUCGUCGACAAGAUCCAGAACCUUCCCAAGGGUGCUGGCGACAAGCCUCAGAAGCCCAUCAAGAUUGCCAAGAGUGGCGAGCUCGAGGUCCCUGAAGAAGGUAUUAGAGCCGAGCUCUGA